AUGGCGGAUCUCAAGCAAGACCACCACCUACCGCUGGAGGCAUUUCCUCCAGACAAGGAGACGUGCACCAUGACCACUGAUACCGAGGCCCUUUCCAAUGAAGCCAUAGCCAAAGACGAACCUCAAUAUCCCGAAAGAUUCAAAUUGAUCGCAAUCGUCAUCAGCUUGAACCUCGCCAUGUUCCUUGUCGGCCUCGACAACACCAUCAUCUCCAGCGCCAUUCCCAAGAUCACUGAUCGCUUCCACGCUCUUGACGAUGUAGGGUGGUAUGCGAGCGCCUAUCUUCUCACCAACUGCGCCUUUCAAUUGAUGUGGGGGAAACUUUUCACCUUCUAUAUCGUCAAAUGGAUCUAUUUGGCGGCCUUAUUCCUCUUCGAGCUAGGCUCGUUAAUCUGUGCUGUCGCUCCGUCAUCGACAGCACUCAUCGUCGGCCGUGCCAUUGCCGGCAUUGGCGGUGGUGGUUUAGGUAAUGGCUCUUUCUUGCUGAUUGCCUACUCUGUGCCUCCGCGCCAACGGCCCACAUUGGUCGGUCUGACAGGCGCCAUGUACGGACUCGCAGCCAUCGUCGGUCCUCUCCUGGGCGGUGCCUUCACCGAUAACCCGCAUCUUACCUGGAGAUGGUGCUUUUACAUCAACCUCCCGCUUGGUGUCUUCCCUGCCCUCAUCAUCACUUUUUGCAUCGCUUCGUUUACUGGUGGUGGUGAGCAAGCCAAGGUCGAUAUGAAGGAAAAGCUCAAGCAGAUGGAUCUUCCUGGAACUCUCUUCCUUCUUGCUGGAAUUAUCUGUCUGCUGCUUGCUCUGCAGUGGGGCGGUACCAAGUACGAGUGGAAUAGCGGGCGCAUCAUUGCCCUCCUGGUUCUUGCUGGUAUCUUUUUCAUCACCUUCGGCACUAUUCAGUUCUUCAGCGGAGAUCUCGCAACCGUGCCUGGGCGAAUCUUCAGCAAUCGCAAUAUCUGGGGUUCUUCCUUGUUUGGAUCAUGCGUCACGGCUUCAUUCUUCACAAUGCUCUACUACAUUCCCAUCUGGCUCCAAGCCAUCAAAGGUGCCAGUCCGAUGCGGUCUGGCGUUAUGAACCUCCCCAUGGUGCUGAGUUACGUCGCCUUCUCCCUCGCCGGCGGCGCCCUCACCUCCAUGAUCGGCUACUACGUGCCAUUCGCCUACCUCACCGUCAUCCUCAUGGCCGUCGGCUGCGGCCUCCUAACCACCCUCAACGCCGCCUCCAGCUCCGCAGCCUGGAUCGGGUACCAGUUCAUCUUCGGCGCGGGUGUCGGCUGCGGCCUGCAGACGGCCUUUGCGGCGCCCCAGUGCGUGCUACCAAUCGCGGACAUCCCCAUCGGCACGGCGAUCGUCAUCUUCACGGAGAACCUGACGUCCGCGGUGAUGGUGUCCGUCGCGCAGAACGUGUUCACCAACCAGCUCAGGGCGAACCUCGUCAAGUUUGUCCCUGACGCGGACCCGCGCGUUAUCCUGGACGGUGGCGCGACAGAGAUCAAGCACCUGGUCCCUAGUCACCUGUACGACUCAGUCAUUUUCGCGUACAACAAGGCGUUGAAUCAGACUUUCUACGUGGGCGUUGCGCUGUCUUGUUUCGGGAUCCUGGGCGUGCUGGCGAUGAAGUGGGUAUCGGUAAAGGGAAAGAAAUAA